AUGGAUUGGUUAUUUCAACUCUUUGUCGCGGGCUUCAUUGCGUCCCUAAUCGCAUUCAGAGCUCACAGAAAGAAAUCCCUCAGCAAUUCUGGCGCUGUUGCAGGGUUCUUCGUUAUGGCCCUUCACAUUUUUGUGGGAUACAGGUUUGGAGCUAUGCUGCUUGCCUUCUUCUUUUCUUCAUCCACUCUAACAAAGAUUGGAGAGGAUAGGAAGCGAACACUCGAUCCUGAAUUCAAAGAAGGUGGUCAAAGAAACUGGAUACAAGUUCUGGCCAAUAGUGGCAUUGCCUCGGUUCUGGUUGUAGCUAUAUGGGUGCUCACUGAAGGUCAGGAUAAAUGCUUGGACUCAAAAGAAUCACCUUUGAUCACGGCUCUCAUUGGUGCUGUUAUCGGCCAUUAUUCCUGUUGCAAUGGGGAUACUUGGUCUUCGGAGCUUGGAAUUCUCAGUAAGGAGGAUCCCCGUCUAAUCACAACCUUCAAGCAAGUGAAGAAAGGUACAAACGGUGGUGUGACAAUAACAGGAAUUCUAGCAGCUGCAGCAGCUGGAAGUGUCAUUGGAUUGUCGUUUGUUCUUUUGGGAUUCUCAACUACAAGAUGUGAGUAUAGUACAUUUCUCAAGCAACUACUGGUCUUACCCAUUGCCGCCCUGGCAGGACUAUGUGGAAGUGUCAUUGACUCUCUCUUGGGAGCAACAUUACAAUUCAGUGGAUUUUGUUCUGUUCGCCGCAAGGUUGUUGGAAAGCCAGGACCAACGGUUAAAAGGAUUUCAGGUGUCAACGUCCUUGACAACAACGCAGUGAACUUUGUAUCAAUACUGUUGACCUCAUUUUUUACUGCAAUAGCUUGUUGGUACAUUUUCUGA